AUAACUAAGCCGAAUAUGAAACGAUCUAGCAACAAGAAGGCGACUAGAAGAGAGUCAAUAUCGUUGACGCCAAAUUCUCAACGAAGAAGAAGAAGAAGAAAAUGCUCUCUCUCUCUUACGUGUUUGAGAGAAAAAACUUCAUCUUCAUCGCCGUUCUCUCUCUCGAACUUGUAUUUGUUGACGAUGGAUUUGACGUGGUUGAGUGCUCUAAUCGUUGGAGCUGCACUUGGAUUCUGCAUUGGCACACGUCGUUCCAAGCCUCCUCCUGUUGAGGCUGCUGUUGAUGGAGAUACCAACAAACUGAUUCCAAAGAGUCCUCUCGAGAUUGAGAAACUCGCUGAUAUCCUCGAUGAUUUCAAAAUGGUUUUGGUUGUGAGGAAUGAUCUUAAAAUGGGUAAAGGCAAGAUUGCUGCACAAUGCAGUCAUGCAACUCUAGGUUUAUACAAAAAGCUAGUUCGUCGAGCUCCAAAAGCGUUGGACUGCUGGGAGGAGUGUGCACAACCUAAAGUUGUUGUGAAAAUCGAGACCGAGGAUGAGAUGCUAGAAUUGCAAGAAAGAGCCAAAUCCCUUAAACUGCCUACCCAUAUCACCAUCGAUGCUGGAAGGACUCAGAUCGCUCCAAAUUCAAGGACAGUUAUGGCUAUUCUUGGACCAGUCCAAGUUGUUGAUGAAGUUACAGGUGGACUGAAGCUUCUUUAACAGCUUCAAAUUUCUAUGUUAACAUCUCUUCUAUCGGAUCUCUCAGAUGGAUAAAAAGAAAGGAGAGACAUGCACUCUACCUUCUCUCCAGAUAGAAUCUCUGAGAAAUUUGAAGUUGUUCUGUUUACUCAUUCCUGAUGAUGACGAAAAAUCCCAUUUUAAAGCAAUUUUCUCAACUUUUCAUGAACAUAUACAAUUUGUCUCUCUGGGAUCAGAUUUUGAUUAACCAAUGGUGGUAUAAAUAUUUGUUUCUUUUUA